AUGAUUUUCGAAGCGCUGGGCUUGCUCGCACUCGCCUACCUGGUGUGGAGCUUGGUGACACUGGAGAUCAACUACCGUCGUGCUUCAAGCAUGGGAAUCCCCUUGGUGCGCCUUUACAUCGAUCCGCUGAAUGUUCUCUGGAUGGUUUUCGAACCAAUCCUCUGGCCUUGGCUGUACAAACUUCCCAUAAAUUGGCGUAAUUACAGCUUCGGUCGCUACUCCCGCCGGGGCUGGUACUUUGCCGAUCGCGGCGAGUCCCAUCAACGCUAUGGUCCCAUGUGGGCUCUGGUCACUCCUCGAGAUAUCUACAUUAACGUCGCCGAUCCGGAUGCAAUCCAUGACAUCUUCCAACGGCGUACAGACUUCAUUCGACCAAGUCAAUUGUACAGUACGUCCCCUACGUCCGGAUUACUCUGUCAUGAUUGCGACAUUGUGUAUGACUUGCUAACCCGGGUUUUGUCGUUAGAGAUACUCGAAGUGUACGGACCAUGCAUCUCAACAGCUAGCUGGAAUGACUGGCCGCGGCACCGAAAGGUCCUAGCCACUCCGUUUAACGAAAGCGCCAUGUCCUUUGUCUGGGAGGAAAGCGUUGAACAGGCACGCCAGAUGCUGCAGGUCUGGGACUCUUCUGUCGAUGGCCACAUUCCCAGUGUUGCAAAAGACCCACGGACCCUCUCGUUGAAUGUCCUUGCCGCAACAGGAUUCCGCAAAUCGUUCCCGUUUCAAAGUGCCAAAGAUCAUGAGGUGAAGUCUGAUUCACCUGCCGCCUCGGAAGAUGAAUCAGAGGGAUACCGCGAUGCACUCCAGACCGUGCUGGAUAACUGCAUCCUUCUCAUGGUGAUGCCUCGGAAAUUACUCACUCUGCCUUUCGCACCCGAGUCAUGGCAUCAUCUUGGCAAAGCGGCCACCGCUUUCAAAAAGUAUAUGGUCCAAAUGCUGGACGAAGAAACGAAAGCAUUGAACACCGGAAGGGCAGGUAGCGGAGGCUUGAUGACUUCAUUUGUGCGCGCCAUGGAUCUGAAGCAAAAGGUAGACGGGGAGCAAAAAGCAAAUGCAAGUGGCUCACCUCCCAAAGGACUUACGGUAGACGAGAUUUUUGGAAACAUCUUUGUCAUCAACUUUGCGGGACAUGAUACAACUGCCAAUACGUUGAGCUUUGGCUUGCUGUUGCUUGCCGCAUAUCCGGAAAUCCAAGACUGGGUGGCUGAGGAGUUGCAAGAGCUUGAUGAAGAAAAUAUCAAGGGGCACUAUAAUGAUCUGUUUCCACGCCUGCUUCGGUCUCGCGCCGUCUUGCUCGAGACCCUCCGCCUCUUUCCACCAAUUGUAUCCCUGCCCAAAUGGACCAACGAUAACCCCCAGCUGCUCAAGCUAGGCGACAGAGAAAUAAUGAUCCCUCCCCACGUGGGAGUCCACCCCAGCCUUCUCGACAUGCACAUCCAUCCCCAGUAUUGGGAGGACCCCUUGACAUGGAAGCCGUCCCGCUGGAUAACCAAAUCAGCUGCGUCUAGUGAUGUCUCAGAAGAGAUCAUUACCCCAUCCCGGUCGACCUAUUUCCCAUGGUCAGACGGGCCUCAAAACUGCCCGGGGAACAAGUUUUCGCAGGUUGAGUUCGUGGCUGUCAUGGCGGCCCUCCUCCGGAGUCAUCGGGUGCACCCGGUUGCCAACCCUGGGGAAAGCCCGGAGGAGACGCGUGCGAGAGUCUUGGCGACAACGCAGGACGUGGAUUUGCAAUUGCUCCUGCGGAUGACGGAUGCGGAUCAGGUUCGAUUGGCGUGUCGUCGGGUAGCCUGA